AUCUGACUCCGCUCCGCCGCCUUCCUCCCGCCGCCGGCCGGCCGGCCGCUGCUCGCCGGCGAAUUCCAUAAUCGUAUCCUCGUGCCCGCAAACCCUAGGUACCAUUGCUACCAGCGCAGGUCUUCCCCGCUCCUCUACGGCUGCAUUGCCUCCGCGAAAUGUCAUGGCCUUCCUAGCUUCUUAGCUAGGGUUUGCUCCGCCUCCCGCGCUCGCCGAUGUUCUGGGACAUGGCCGCCGAUUCCAGCAUGGGCAUGGGCCUCCACCAGGGAGGCUCCUCCUUCCACCACCACGGCAUGCUCUCCUUCCAGUCCAAUCAAGAUUCAGCUCCCGCUCCCGCUCCCGCACCACCCCCUGCCCCUGCCGUCUUCCUCCCUCCCCCCAGCGCUCCCGCGUCCCAGGGGGCGCCACCGUACAAGUUCGUCACGGGAUCGCCCUCCGAUUGGACGGAGUACGAGCUCGCCAUAUUCGAGGACGGCCUCGUCAGGUAUGCUCGUGAGCCCACCAUUAUGAAAUACAUCAAGAUCGCUGCUAUGCUGCGCACCAGGACUAUCAGGGACGUCGCGAUAAGAUGCCAGUGGGCUGCUGGGAAGGAGAGCAGGAGGAGGAAGCCUGACGAAUUCUAUGCAGGGAAAAGGACAAGGGACUUGAAGGAGAAAAUGGUCGCUUCUACCUCGAAAGCUAAUUUCCAAAUGGCGCCUCCAAAUAAUUUAGUCCCCUUUUCGACGCCUAUGCAUUAUCCAGGACAAAAUAGCCUUGUUACGAAUGAAGUCCCUGUUGUGGAUAAUGCAACUCAGCAUCUUCUGGAGGAAAAUUUCCAGUUACUCAGUCAGAUCUCUGCAAAUAUUAAAACUUUCAAGCUGGGGGAGAAUAUGGAUCUCUUUCUACGUACGAAUAACAAUAUCAGAACAAUUUCGAAAAGAAUGAGUGAGACGCCUGGUAUCAUGGGUCAGAUGCGUCCGUUGCCAGAACCAGUAAAUGAAGACAGCCUAAAUUCACUUCUUCAACUGGAUAGAGUGGUUGCCUGUUAUGGUGAUAUACUACAUAACUCUCAUAUUAAAGACGAAGCACGAAGUUGAUUUAAGAUAAACUGGAAGCAAUGAGUGUAAGCAUCCUGUAGCAGAAAGACGACAGGAGCUUUUACCUGAUCUGUACAAAUGCCACGAAGAACUCCGGUGUAGAAUUAGAUGGUAUACUGACCAAGGCGGCACGGAAUAAGUUACGAGCCUUUGAGGGGUGUGUUGUUUCCUUUUUUUGCUGCGAGCUAAUUGUUGCAGCCAUCCGCUGUUUAUCCUUGAUUCUUGGGGAAAGUGAAGAGAAUGUAAAACAGUUGGCGAGCGAUAUGAGGGGAGGGGUUUAUUACUAUCCUUUUGUUGUUGUAUUGGGAGCUGACUUGAUUCAGACGGCUGUAAAUAUAGGUUGUGAUUGCCGUAUGCGACAUUUUGAAUGUCUAUUGAUGAUGCCAAAAAUAGAAGACAUCAAGUUACUGUUCUCA